UGUACUGCUCCCCUUCUGCAAUGUGAGUUGACUUCCAUAGCAACCCGUCUGUCGGUAAUUACACUGAACGGUCUGGGUGACGGCAGGUCAGAGGUGUUCAGGACAGGCAUAGAGCCCCUGGCUGACGGUUCUGGCUGAAUUACAACUAAGGACAACUGAACUACAUAAAAGUGAAGAAUGUUGGGGAAGAUUACAACAGAUCCACCUUACCUUACCAUCGAUAAUUUCGAGGACCAUCUGGUUUCUGAAGAUGUUCUGCUGCACUUCUUUAAUCACUUCCUCAGUCUACCUUCGUUCCCUGAGUGUAUACAGUACAACCAGGUGACCGGUGUGUUUGAGGUGGUCAGUGAGUCAGAGGAGGCUCUGUCUAGGAGGAUCAGGUCAGCCCUGCAGUACUUUCAAUCACAACCUCUCAGUGAUCCAACAGAGCUGUCUGCUAGACCCAUGGUGGACAACCACUACACUGUUCUGUGCUUGGACAGACAACAGGGACUGGAGUGGAUCCUAAAAGAAAGACUACCCUUGUUUAUUCACAGUGACUGCUACUUCGAGUACAGGUUAGCGAAGCUGCUUUCUCAGUGUGGCCCUCGGGGCUGGAACCAGAAGAGAGAUGACGCCUCAGUCCAACACCCUGUCAUCACAGAGACCGUCUGUCCUUCCCCUGGGCCUGAUGACAGACAGAUCCUGAUGAAGGUCCUCGAUGUGUCACUGGGGCAGGCCUCAGUAACAGACAUGUUGACAAUGGCUAAGGACAAGGAUAAGCAGCUUCCUGUCUGUACCCGGUCUGUGAAAACCCCGGUGUGCUCCCUGGGCCGGGAGGGACAGAGGGGUCUGGCCUCAGCCUGCUUCUCCUGCAUCCCUGACUCAGAGUCCUACGCCCUGUCCUCCUCACUCCUCGUCUCCUUUCCUCUCUCUUCUUCGCUCCCGGACUGUCCUCUCUGCUCUUCACUUCUAGACUGGGACAGGAGACGGGGAGACCGCGCCUCAGAGCAGGAGAUGAACGUCUACCUCGCAGAGACGGAGGCAAAGACAGAGAUAGAGGCAGGAACUACAGAUGAGGGUAAUGGGGACCCCAAGUCCCAGAGUCCCUCCUGUUCUACCGCUGAUGAGGAGACGGGUGGUCCCCAUACAGAGAGCCGCUAUGAGGGAGGUCCAGCCACCAGCCACAGCAGACUGAAGGAGGAGGAGCAGGGUGGAGGGUCAGCCCACACAGAGAGCCCCUGUGAGGGAGGUCCAGCCACCAGCCACAGCAGACUGAAGGAGGAGGAGCAGGGUGGAGGGUCAGCCCACACAGAGAGCCCCUGUGAGGGAGGUCCAGCCACCAGCCACAGCAGACUGAAGGACCAGGAUGAGGAGGGUGGAGGGUCAGAGGAGGAGAAUGACCUUGAGUUCUAUGAUGUCACUGUUAGUAUCCAUGGUGAUAGACAGGGCCUUGGUGACUUUAAGGACUUCUUAAAGGGAACACUAGGAGAGAAGCUUUUGCGUCUGUGGAUGGAUAUAGAGAGACUGAAGACCCUACAGGACGGCAGGAGGAAAAACAGGCAUUUGGUCCAGAUGCGUAGCUGCUACCUGCUGAGCGGUGGCCAGAGCAGUCUGAAUGGUGAGCUGUUGACCAGACUGGGUCUCUCUACCUCCCCCUGCUGGAGAGAGGACAGACUGCAGAGAGUACAGCCCCGCAUCACUGAGGCUCUGCUCUGCUACUGGGGUCCCAGAUUCAGGAUGAGCCAGAGAGGAAUUGAUCCUCUCAGACUGUCACUGUGGAGGAACGGACAGCUACGCCCUCCCUCUGGUGUCAACCAUAACCCUCGUCACAUCACCCUCGACGCCCUCCGGCCACACACCUGUAUACCUCGACCUGCCAUCCCCCCAGACACCUCUCUACCCAGAGACAGGACCCCCACACCAGCUCACACACAGACAGGUAAUGCCAGCAGCAGUCCUGUUGUAGGCGACAGGCGGAUGGAGAGGAUGUUACAGGCUCUAUGUGUCGACUCACAGGCCGGGUUCUACUUCACACGCUACUGUGAAAGCUCUGGAAACCCGCUGUGGGAGAAUGCUGUCCACUUCUGGUGUGAUCUGCAGCAGUACCACCAGCUCUUCUACCAAGAUGGACUGGAUCCCUACAGGGUACAGAGACAGGCUCAUUUGCUGUAUUCAACCUACGUGUGCAGUGCUGCCUGUAGUAGCAUUGAGGUGGAAGAGGAGAGCAGAGAGAGGGUGUAUACCUGUCUCACUCCCCCGUUUGAGGAGCUGUUUGACUGGGUGGAGGAACACAUUCUGACCCUCCUCCUGGAGCCCUGGACACUGCUCACCACCAGGGACACGGAAACCUUCCAGAAGGUGGCUGUACGGGAGGAGACUCGCCAGGUGGAGUCAGAGCAGUACAGAGAACUGAAGAAGCUGUAUGGGGAGGCUGGACACAGACUGGAACAGCAUGCUGUGGCCCAGGCCUGCAGGCCCCCUCCUCCACCACUAGAGGUCCCCAGGUCUCCAGAUAUGUGGUCUGCCGUCCCAGAGAGUUACAGAGGGUACAGGUUGGGCUCUCUGCUAGGACACCGCAUGGAGCUACAACACUUCACAUCCUUCCUACAGGACAACACCGCCAGUAUACACCUGGCUUGCUGGCAGGACAUAGAGAAUUACAGGAGAAUCCCCCAUAAAGACAAGGCCCAGAGAGAGGACAAGUCUAGACUCAUUAAGGACAAAUACCUCAACAGGAAAUACUUCUUUGGGCCUGACAGUCCUGCCACCAGACAACAACAGGAUGAGGUGAUGCGUCUGGCAGGUGGCUGGGGACUGCUUCAUGACCGUCUGCGUGCUCCUGUCCUGGUGGACAUUCAGAGCAUCAUCAGGAACCACAUAGAAACAAAAUGGCUGCCUGUCUUCCUGACUACGCCGGCGUUCAAUGCGAGACAGCAGCAGAGAGUCAGGCCUCGGGGUGAAGAUGUGGUGGACCAGGUAUACCAGCGACACAGGACCAAGAGAGAGGUGUGGAAGCAGGUGAAGGGGACGUGGAUGACCUCUGCAGGGGAGAUCCUGGCUCUCCGGAAGGCCCUGCUCAACCCCGUCACAUGUCAUCAGUUCCGGCGCUUCGUCUCUCUGAAGGGAGACUUCCUGGAGAAUGACAUCCUGUUCUGGCUGGAGGUCCAGAGGUACAAGGAUCUGUGUCAUUCCCACUGUUUGGAGGCUGUAGUCCAGGACAAGGUGUCCACCAUCAUCAGCUGUUUCAUCCAGUCCUCCGUCCCCCCGGCCCUGCAGAUAGACAUCCCCCCAGAGCAGGCUUCACACAUCCUGGAGAGGAGGGGCGAGAUGGGGCCCUACGUCUUCAGAGAGGCUCAGAUGUGUGUGUUCAGUGAGCUACUGAAGCUGUGGCCAGAGUUCCUGUCGUUCAGCAGCGGUGUGCAGGAGGAGGAGGUGUUGCCACUGUUGCAGAACAGCAUGAACAAACAGAGUGCUAAACUGCAGCGCCGCAGGAGGAGAGAGGAGGAAAAGGAAGUGGAGAGGAGAGCCCAGGAGGAAGAGGAGAUGUUUCCAGAGGAAGUGGAGGAGCAGGAGGAGAAACACAGAGGACUACAGGGGAGCAGAGAGCUGCUUUACCCUAGCCAACAGUUAUCUUGGUCCUACUCUAAAUACAUGGUCGCCCUGGAGAGAGAGGAUGUGCUGCUGAGGAGACAGGCCCAGCUGGACGUCACGUCCUCCACUGGGACAGACUCAUCCUCUGCCUACAGUUUGAGGUCAAAGUUCAGCAGACUCUCCCUACAGAGCCAACACCAGGCCCAGUAGAGCUCUAACGUCUCGCCCAGGACAGAACCAACACCAGGCCCAGUAGAGGUCUGUCGUCUCCCCCAGGACAGAGCCAACACCAGGCCCAGCAGAGCUCUAACGUCUCCCCCAGGACAGAACCAACACCAGGCCCAGUAGAGCUCUGUCGUCUCCCCCAGGACAGAGCCAACACCAGGCCCAGUAGAGCUCUGUCGUCUCCCCCAGGACAGAACCAACACCAGGCCCAGUAGAGCUCUGUCGUCUCCCCCAGGACAGAACCAACACCAGGCCCAGUAGAGCUCUAACGUCUCCCCCAGCCAACACCAGGCCCAGUAGAGCUCUGUCGUCUCCCCCAGGACAGAACCAACACCAGGCCCAGUAGAGCUCUAACGUCUCCCCCAGCCAACACCAGGCCCAGUAGAGCUCUGUCGUCUCCCCCAGGACAGAACCAACACCAGGCCCAGUAGAGCUCUGUCGUCUCCCCCAGGACAGAGCCAACACCAGGCCCAGUAGAGCUCUAACGUCUCCCCCAGGACAGAACCAACACCAGGCCCAGUAGAACUCUAACGUCUCCCCCAGGACAGAGCCAACACCAGGCCCAGUAGAGCUCUGUCGUCUCCCCCAGGACAGAGCCAACACCAGGCCCAGUAGAGCUCUAACGUCUCCCCCAGGACAGAACCAACACCAGGCCCAGUAGAACUCUGUCGCCUCCCCCAGGACAGAGCCAACACCAGGCCCAGUAGAACUCUGUCGUCUCCCCCAGGACAGAGCCAACACCAGGCCCAGUAGAACUCUGUCGUCUCCCCCAGGACAGAACCAACACCAGGCCCAGCAGAGCUCUGUCUUCUCCCCCAGGACAGAGCCAACACCAGGCCCAGUAGAACUCUGUCGCCUCCCCCAGGACAGGAAAUGGGCUUGUUUGAGUGGAAAGGCUGAAGCAAACCGACUGCAGACGAUGGUGGAGAAAUGAAUUCUGGGGAGGUGCAUCUGUUUCAGCGUUAAGUCUGACGUUGCUUUCCAACAGGAAGUACAACAUGGCAGUGUUGACAUUUUUCAGAAAAGUUGUUUGUUUGUAAUGUAGAAAUAAACGUCUCUAUCCCCCAUAUCACUGGAAAUGUGUGUAGCCUACAUUGUACUAUGAACUGGGGA